AGUAGAUCUAGAUAAUCUACCUACCUAUGCACCUGGUCUGUCAAAACAGGAAAUCUCCGAAUAAGCACAGCGACUGUUACUAUGGUAUUAAGUACUGACCCAAUAUCUUGAGAGAACCCCCACUUGACCGCUCGGUUAUCGUAGUAGAACUUCACCAAAAUCUCAUACCCAUGUUGCUAGAUCUCAGAUAGAUUGGCCAAGACCAUCAACUUUAAAGAUGACAGAUCUUUCCAUAACUAAUGGCAUGAUCCCAGACCUCUCCGGCAAGACCGCGGUCGUCACCGGUGGUUCAAGCGGGAUUGGCCGGGGUGCCGUGGAGAUCCUUCUCGAGCACAAUGCCCAAGUUUUCAUCCUCGAUGUCCAACCACUGCCUCGAGACCUUGCAUCUACUUCGAAAUUAAUUUUCAUACAGACAGAUAUAUCUUCAUGGUCGAGCCUUGUAGACGCAUUCUCCACCAUCACUUGCAGGUACUGCGCCACUAUAGACAUCGCUAUAGCAAAUGCGGGGGUUGGAGAGCACGGAACUUAUUUACAGCAAUGCUUCCGUCCCGCGCCCUUAGAAUCGGCUGGGUGGUCGGCUUUGAAGGCCGAGAGGCAUCCGAACUACCCAGAAAUCGCCAUAAAUCUUCAAGGCACAAUGGAUUUUAUCAUGUUGGCAGCACGUGUCAUGAAGGGACAGACUGACGGCGGGAGUAUCGUGAUAACCACCAGCGCGACGGCGUAUGUGCCGGAGUACAGUCUACCGGUCUAUUGCGCGACUAAGGCCGCGUUGACGAACCUCAUCCGUACUCUCCGUACUACUCUGCCGCUCCACAACAUUGCUAUCUCGGGUGUCGCGCCGUCGGCCACUGAAUCAAGCACGCUGCCACCGGACCUCGCAGCCCCGAUCAUGGCAACAGGGCUCCCCGUAUCGACGGCCAGGCACGUUGGGCUCGCUGUCGUGUACUCGGCGACCGCGAGCCAAAGCCGGAGAGUGGAGGACUAUGGGAAAGACAGCGAGGCUACGGACUCGGGUGGAAGAUGGAAUGGCCGCGUCAUUCAUACCAUCAGCGACACGUUUACCGAAGUGGAGGAGAUGUUGAUCCAGACGCGGCCGCAGUGGUGGGGAGAAAGGAAUAUCGAGUUGGCAAGGAAGCAACAGACGGCAACGGAUUUACGUACCAGUUAUGUAGGGGGUUAAACCUUUAUUAGGUAUCAUAUCAUGUAGAGGCAGCAGAUUCCAGGAAAACGGGCCGUGGAUCCCUUAGU